UCCCUCCAUCUUGGCGCAGCGGAGCCUCAUCGGAGGCAGCGGAUCAAUCCGGAGCUUCGGCGGCUGAUCGGGAUUAUGCGGCAGCGCUGAUCGCCGCUCGACUGAAGCAGCGUCCUGAUUGGCCGCCUCUACCCGCCCACCCCCACCACAGGUGGAUGAAUGAAGACUCCAGCGGUUCCGGGGCCCCAGGAGGACGAGGGACAUCCAGGCGUCUCUGCAAACAUGAUGAAGAAGAAGAAUCCUCACAAGAAGCAGAAGACCAGCAUUGGUCCCAGUAAGACUCUGGUUCAGCCCCAAAGGAACAUGGUUGGCUGCAGGAUCCAGCACAUCUGGAAGGAGGGCAGUAAAUCCUCCCAGUGGAAAGGCACGGUCCUGGACCAGGUACCCGUCAAUCCCUCCCUGUACCUGAUCAAAUACGACGGCUUCGACUGCGUCUACGGCCUGGAGCUGCACUCCGACGAGCGGGUGGUGGGGCUGGAGGUGCUCCCUGACAGAGUGGGUGAGGAGCCACUGCCGGUUCACUGCCUCGCUUCGACAUCUGGAAGACAUUCCUACCUCUGA